CGUGAGAAAAAUCGAGUUUUCCACUUUGCUAUGCGCUGCUGGUUGCUCCUCAUGUGCGGACCUUUUCUGGCAACGACUCGGCCCAGUUUCGACUCAUCAGCUCUUCUCAGAGAUGUGUUGGUGCCGGCUGAUGCUGCGGUUGGAUCGGUUUUCUACCGGUUAAGAGCGAGUGAUCCAACUUUCGAUUAUCCUCUGGAGUUCCAUGUCGCAGGACAGUCGAGUAUCGUUGGUGUAGAGAGUUUGAACUGCAGUAGGUUUAAUUCGGUAUGUCAAGCAAAUCUGAUAAUCAAAAAAAGAUUAGAAGCAAAUCGUUUUUACGACUUUACAAUAGAAACAAGAAACCAAAGAGGUGAAACCUCAUUACUCGACUGUUCAUUUCGUGCCACAAACGCAACAACCCCUUUGGAGAAAAUUUUCCCGGGUGCGCCAAGUCUUCUUUCAAUAUCUGAAAGUGCAAGGAGAAACACUGAACUUGGAACCAUCCGGGCGAUGGGGAAUCCAAGACUUCCUAGGUCAGCUCUAUUAGAAUUAUGGGGCUCGCCCGAGUUUGGACUUCAUCAGAAGUUAGUGACUGAGAAAGAUGCCGAAGGGACUGUUGUGCUGCUCAGCUCUUUGGAUUAUGAGAAGAAGACUGUACAUCACCUUACAAUUUUAGCAAAUGAUCCCUGGACCAACAUGGCAGAGGAUACAAGAAACAUAGCAGGUUGGCCAUUGUUGAUAUCAGUAUUAGACGAGCAAGAUACCCCUCCUGUGUUUACCAUAGCACCUCCAACCACCACUCUUAGUCCAAAUUUAAGCUCAGGUGACUUAAUACUUAGAGUACAUGCCGAAGAUGGCGACAGAGGAAAUCCAAGAGAUAUUCGUUAUGGCCUCGUUCCAGACAAAAAUCCGUUCGUCACCUUCUUUAGCAUAGACGAGACAACGGGCGAACUUAGGCUGGCACGUCCUCUGUCAGAAAUUCUUUCAAUAUCGCACACCGGCCAACCGAUACUUCUUACAGUAGUGGCAGAAGAAGUUAGAUCGAAUCCGAAAGAAGCUCCAGCACAAUCAACUACGGUUCAAUUGGCUUUAAUCCCACCAGGUGUUACUGCUGGCACACCUACUUUUGGUGCUAUUGAGUACAACGCCCUGCUGGAUGAAAAUUCACCAAUAGGAACUGUGCUAGAUCUUCCACAAGCUGAAAUUUCUAUUCAACCUGGAGAUGUGGUUACUCUGGAGUUACUGAAUAAUAAUGGUACCUUUGAAAUCAAUCCUAAAGUCGUGGAAAGCAAUACAAAGUUUCAGAUAUCCGUGAGAAACCCCAAAUAUUUAGAUUACGAUGAAAGACAAUCAGUUGAAUGUUACAUUAUAGCUAAAGAGAUAAGUGCUGGAAAUUAUACCGCCAAAGCAAAGCUAACAGUACUUCUAAAUGACGUCAAUGACAAUCCACCCAAGUUUUCGAAAGAUAAGUACUAUGGUACUGUCCAGGAGCAUGCUAAAGUUGGUACUCACGUUCUUGUAGUAGAAGCUAUUGAUAUUGACAAAAACCCAAACAGUAAGAUUCAAUAUACAAAGCUCACUGGCAAAGGAAGCGAACUUUUUAACUUAGAUUCGGAUACAGGAUUGAUCACUGUGGCUGAUCCUAUCAAAUUAGAUGCUGAAGAAACACCACUAAUAACACUGAAAGUAGAAGCUGCUGACGAUAAUGGUGAAGGACUUAAAGCUAACAGUACUGUCGAAAUAAAGCUAGUAGAUAUUAACGACAAUCCACCAAUUUUUGAGAAAGAAGUUUACGAAUUCAUAUUAAAACCGGAUAGAACAGGUUUUACCUCUCCUGCUUUUAUUAAAGCUACUGAUAAAGAUAUUUCUCCACCAAACAACGAAAUUCAUUAUGAGAUUAUAAAUCUACCAGAAAAUCUUUAUAUAGAUGAAGCCUCUGGUGAGCUAUUGGUCACAAAAAUAUAUGAUAUCGAUGAUAUAGUCACGUUAAGAGCAAGAGCAUGGGAUGGAGGGGUACCUAGGUUGUACAACGAAUCUGAAAUUAGGGUGUACCCACCUGAAGGACAGUCUCGGAAGAUGGUGUUUAUAGUACCCGGUUCAAAUCCUGAUAAGUUGAUUAUUGCGGAUACUUUAAGAACUUUAACAGGUGGGAAAGUUGCUAUUGAUCGAAUAAGGCCGUAUACUGGCUACGAACCAGGAGCAACGUAUGUAACUCAUGAUGAUGAUAAAGACAGGAGCGUUGUAGAAGCAACUGUAACAUUUUCUAAGGGAUCUGUUGUCGAUCUAGACGAAAUUACCAAAAUUAUAAAUCAGAAAGUUGAGGAACAUCGAGUAAAAGAAGUAGAAAAAGAAAAAGAACGUGAAAUUAUUAAAAUACAAGAAAGUAGCAGCACAAACCUUACGUGGCUUCUUAUCCUGUUCAUAGUCCUUCUCUUACUUGCCAUUCUAAUUAUGUUGAUCUGCUGUUUAUGUAGGCCUUGUCCCUUGUACCACUACUAUACCUUUUACAGGAACAGGAAAGAAACUCCAAGUGUUGAAAAAAUAGAAAAGGUUCGUAUAAUUGGUGCAGGAGAAGGUAGAGAUAGUAAGUCGGUGCAAGUAGCAGAAUGGUUUGGUAGGAAAGAAGCGUGGACGCCUGAUCAAGAUGUUGAAGCAGAAUCUUUAAGAAGGCACGAGGUUGACAGAGGAUCAGAUCAAGGUGGAGUAAAAAGAGCAGCAAUGCAGAGACAAAGUGAAGUUCAACAUGAACCUUUAAGAGACCAAUAUUAUAUACGGGAAGGCAACGCUGAUAUUUUAAGACUGAUAACAAGAGGAGGUGAGCCUCAGAGGGGAAUGAAUAUGGCUACAGAACAACAGUAUAUGGCUUCGGAUACGGGAAAGGAUAUUCUAAUGCGACGCUAUAUUGAGCAGCAGCAAGCAGAUCUAAGGUCUCAGGUUCUUCUGCCAAAUGCAGUUAGAGCUCAAAGUGAGCAUGAACUGUUAGAAGCAUCCCUUCGCCAACAAAACGCAUUGCUGCGCCAAAUUCUUCUGGAUAGAGAAAGAGAUCUACGUCUGGAAACCCAGUCCUUACCAGCAGGUACCCAAACAGAUCAAGAUGCAGGAACACAGACAGAACCAGAACUGCUCAAACCCCCAAAGAGAGAAAUCCGUUCUGAUAACGACCAAAGCGAGUACAGUGACGAAGAAGAUGAGCUAGCCAUUAUCAAAGCUAGAGCAAAAAGAAGGAACGGUCGCAAGACGCAUAUCAAAAGAAAAAUUAAAACACCAAUACAAGAAGAAGUAGAAUUAGAAAUAGAACAUCCUCAUAAGGAAAUUGAUAGAUAUAUAGAGAGUAGAGUUAGUGAAGUAAGGCAAAAGCGAGCUCCAAGUGAAACGAUGUCAAUCGAUACCUAUUCUUCCAAGUCAGAACUAAAAAAAGAAGUCUUAGAAGAAUUGCUAGCGUCCUUAGAACAGAGUUUUGAUAGUGAUAGUGGGGAAUACCACAGGAAAAAAGAAAGAUUGAAAUAUCUAUUAAAGAAAGACAUAUUUUCUGAUGAUAGUCUUGAGAUUAGUGGAAAAUCGGAUGAGAAGGCAAGCACAGAUUCUAGUAAACAAAGAUACCAUUCGGAGAUAGAUUUAAGAGCAAUAUCUUCCAGAAAUCGAAGGAAAUCGUCAGAUAGUUCAAUAAGACCUUCUAAACUGAAAUCAAGAAGCCAGAUGGAUCUUUCACAAAUUUCAGGAAGCAAAAAAUCCAAAUCGUCUGCUAGAAAAAUAAACGGUGGACCUAGAUAUAUGGAUUGGUACAAGAAAUCCGAUGAAACCAAAUCAAAAAACAAAGAAGUACAAGAAGGAAGAAAGAAAGAAGCUAAGAAAGAAGCCAAAGAUUCCAAAAAUUCCGGUACCAAACCAGCAGUUAGUUCAAGACUACUAAUGGACACCGAGUCCAGUAAAAAUAAAAAAGUAGACAAUAAGAAGAAUUCUGUUGGUCCUGAUCAUCCCCUUCUUCAACAUUCUGAAUACAGAUUCGAAGGACCGUAUUUUGCGGCUCCAAAUCAACCCCCCAAAAAACCCGAGGAAGAUAAUGACUCUGGUAUUGCUUUAACUAAACCACCAAUAGCUCAGAAGAAAAGUGUGUUCACUAUUGCUUAUGACGAUAUGCAUACUAACCAACUUAGAGCAGAUGACAGUGUCACUUCUCCAUAAUUUAUAUUACUUUUUUGAUAGUAUACGAACUAAAUGUUUUUGAAUGUUUAUUUAGUAAACCAUUUAUUAUCUAAUCUAUAACAUGAUUUCUCUCAUCAUAACCGUCUUAUUUACACCUUCAGAGAAUUGAUAAAAUAAAGGACCUGAGGAAAUGGUUCUCCACAACAACAACUAAUCUAUUUAAAGCAUCAGUUAAUAAAAUAGCCAGAAUGAUCGCCUAUAUUCGAAAUGAAUAGGCACCAAAAGAAGAAGAAUUUAAACCUUUAGCAACAGUUUGUAGAGAGCCAAGACUGUAGAUUUUCUAAUCAAAUAUGCCAUCAUAAUUUUUUGGCUGGAUUUAAAGGAAGUUCGCUAGAGAUUUCUUACACAUUGUAUUACUGGUUGCGCUACUAGUAGUAACUUAGUAUAAAGAGAUUCUAGAGAUUCGCGCAUCUGUAAAAAUAUUAGUACAUUAAGGCCCGGUACUUUAUGUCUCCGUUAACAGCCGGUUAGUUAACCGGGGUUUAAUCGGGACAGAAAUAUAUGCAUAACAUAGACAUAAACGCAAUUAUACUUAUUAUUAUAUUCAUAAAUAAUUAUAAUAAUAAUUAUAAUUGCUUUUAUUACAAUGCAAGAGGCCCUAUGAGGUACUUUUCUGUCCCGAUUAAACCCCGGUUAGCUAACCGAGGUUUAACCGGGACAUAAAGUACCGGCCCUUAAUGUACAUUUUUAACAUCCAAAUUUUGGAUGUUAAGUUAAGAGGAAACAGUAGCGAUCAACAGGUAGCGAAAACGCGUUCCAAGAUUGCGGCUGUAAUUUUGAAUAUUUUUUCGAGAUAUUUGGCACACGUAUUCGUAAUAUAAUAAAGAAUGGCGGUACAUAGCCCAAUUUGAAAAAUAUAUUAAUAUGUGGAAA